CGUACAGUCAAUAGAUACUUGUUGUCUUGAGAUCAGCUUCCAGAUAGGCAAGCGAGCAGCAUCCAGGUUACUUUCUGGAGCAGGAAAGGAAGACGACUGGGAAUUACAACAGCCUCGGUGGCCUACUGGGAAACAUCGAAUACCAGGGGUUGGAAAGAAAGAUAGGCUAGAGGAGCAUAUUAGAAAGAAAAUAAGCUGCUGUGAGCAUAUAUGACUGGGCCAGCAGUCACUCUCUGACAGGCUCUUCAGAUGUCUUUGAAAAGCACAGCUGCCCAAGCGGCCAACACUUUCGACAUUGUCACCCACAUCGUCAGCUACAUCGACACCCCCCACGAUCUCGCUUCCCUCCUCCGCACCUCCCCUACCUUCUUCCAAGCAGCAGGCCCCAAGCUCUACCGCAGAAUCACAAUUUCCAACGAGCGCAAUCCCCUCCUAGGCGCAGACCAAGAGUACGAUCCAGAUUACGCGGAAGACUAUGGGCCUUAUGACAAGGAUGUGCUGCUGUGGCAUGUGCGGGAGGUGUACAUUGAGCGGACGGAGCUUUGGUUCUGGGAGUUGCCGUGGUGCGAAAGGGUGAAUGCGUAUCCGCUGCCGAAUCUGACGACGGUGACAGUCGAGCCGGUGUCUUACGCCAAGCUACCGCAUAGCACGUACGACAGCGUCGAAAACGAUUUUUCACUCCCAUGUCCUCAUCUCAUCCAUGGCCUUUGUGCCAAUGCGACACGCCUCUGCCUCUCGUCCCUCUCGCAGAAAGGGUUUGUCAACCUCAUCGUCGGGCUGAUCAGCCUCUUGCACGAGGUGACCACGCUCGACUUGAAAGUCCGGGUCCAAGAUCUACGCGAUCUGGCGUCUAUACGCCCACUAUUGGACGCGCAAGAGGUGGAAGAGGUCAAUCUCUAUAUCUGGGACGAAAUCUUUCCAACGCGCGAGGUCAUCCCCACCGACGACGACGACCUGAGCGACCACAUCGUCUGGCUCGGUCUCCGCAAUUUCGCAAUGCUCUCCGACAUCGGCGAAAUCAUCCUCAAAUUCCUCGACAUCCCCUCCCUCUUCUCCCUCCAAAUAUACAACCUCCGCCAAGUCGUGGGCCGGUACACCUCAGAAGUUGAGGAGAGUUUCAACACAGGCCCAGGGUUUCCGGGCGGAGCAAGAGACGCGUUGAUGGAGCUCGCAGGGUUCUUUGAGCAGGUCGAGAAGGAGCCGACGAUGUUGAGUGAGCAUGCGAACCCGGAAUUGGAGCUUUCUUAUCCCUCGGCGAAGGAGUGGUAUGAUGAUGAAGCUUGGGAUGGACGGUGGGCGCCAGGGGAGCAGGAGUAUUAUGAGAGGGUUAUCAAUCCGUCUGAGAAGAUGCUGGAUCUGAGACAGAAGUUGGGGAGGAGAAUGGGAAGGAAGGAAAAGUGUUUUGUGUAUCUGUCGGAGGAGCAGCUGGAGAGAAUUUGGGAUGUGGUCACCGCCAAAUCGCCCAUUCAUCCCCUCGACCGAGCUGUGUUUACACCCCGCGAAUAUCGAGAACGAACGUUCAUCAGUGAUAUGUGGAUGCACCUUACCGACUCGUUGCUCGACCUGAGGAGAGUUGAUCGGUAUCGAUGAGGGAAGGAGGGAAGCGGCGCUUUGGAUGGGCAGGGUGAAGAGGCCAGCUGGACUGUUGGCAGGUUCGUUGCUGGACAUAAUGUAUGGUCAGGGGACUGAAGGACGGAUGAUGUUAUUACAUAGAGUCGAAGAGGCAAUCCAACAGCCGUCGUGAACUUGAUGUAGAAGAUGAUACAAGAAGAUGCGUGAAAACCACAAAGCAUGAUACGCGAGAAGCCCC